UCCAGGGUUUGGCAGGCAAACGCGGCUCAGAGCUGGGCGAUGCACGCUCGCGCUGCGCCCGAGCCCUGGCUGCGGAGGGGGACGCGGGUCCCUAGGCCGCCCUGGGGCCCCCGCCCUUCUCUCGCCCUUUCAGCGCCCUGGAGGGAGUGGCAGAGAGAAGGCGAAGUGGAGAACCGGUUCCCUCGCUUCCCCGCGCCACCGGGCUUGGCAGCCGAGUUGUGGACGCGAGGAGCGAGGACUUCGGCGCCGCGGGCUGGAGGAGAGCGGGCCCUCAGCCCCUCGCGCGGCGCCGCGGUCCCCAGCGUCUUCCACCGUGCCGCCACCUGCAGACGGAUGCCGCGGGCGGCUCGUGCCGGCACAGGCUAUUCUGCCGAGCUCCGGGUGCGCAGAUCCCGCCUCAGCGCCUCAGUACUCCAGCGCUCGGGAACAGCACCCGCAGGGCGCGGCCCCGCCACUUACCUGCUCCUCGGCGUCUCCAGGGGUUCCCAACCCCCACGAAGGGUGUUUGCAAAUCUUAAACUCUUCUUCUGCAAUGUUGCAGGCCAGCGUCCCCUCUCCCUUGCACACUCUACUUCUGAACCGAAAGAUUUCGAUAGGAAACUUUCUCUUUCGUACUCUGUCUCUGUCUCCUUCACAGUCCCCUUCUACCAGGGACAGUCCAGUGGAAAAUGUGGUCACAGACCCCCACCUUCACUUUCUGUCCCUUCUGCCACAGAAGGAGCCUCCCUGAGGCGAUUUCCCCGUAUAGUUCGUACUGCCGAAGCCCAUUUCCCAGUCGAACAAACUUCUCAAACACGUCGACCUGAGUGGACUUGGCAAAGCGCAAACCACCCCUCCCCACAAAAAAACGUUUUCUGACCAAUACUAAGCAAGGCAGUUGUUUUAAAUGGCACCUCCUCCUUAAUAUUAGGCACGACUUUACAGCCUUUCGAGGAAUUCCUACCCCAUUUUCUUCAUCUUUGUUCCCCUCAACCCCUACGGGAGGAGUGAAAAGUUUGGGCUGGAGUAGGUGUGAGGUGAGGACGAGUCAAGGAGCUGCCGGGCGAGUCGUGGUGGGGAGCGCCGGCGCUGCCUGGGCUGCGGGGUCGGGAACCCACAAGGGCCCGGGCGCGGGGCGAGAACAGAGGCAAGGGGAGCCCGCUGAGUGAAAAGGGGCCGUGGCCGCCGCUCUUCAAAGUGCUUCCCCCUCCCCCAAGCGACACUUUCCUUUGGAGUCCGAAUAAAAUACGGUAACAGAAUAUGAUGGAGGGCACACUGUUUCCUUAACUGCUUCUCAAAGGACUCGGGAGAUCUUCUUAGGAUCUUUAAUAAGGCUUUGGUCGGUUCUUUUGUUGAUCUCUCAAAAUCAACUCCUUCUAAUUGAAGUUGGAGCUGAAAGCGAGCUAAUGUUCAAAGAAAGUGGCCGCCAGACCAACGAAAUUACAUUUUUUUUUUGUACGAUGAGGGAACAUCUAAUCAAAGGGGCCAAGGAGGAGGGGUGGGAGCGGGGAGUGUGAAGGAGAAAAGGAGGUUUUACAAGAUCCUUCUCUGGUUCACAAAAGUCAGCGACACGGGCGCUUCUCUCCAGAACAAAGACACCGCGGCCCAUUCAUAAAAGGGAUAGAAAGACACACAGAGAAAACAAUAAAAGAAACGAAAGAAAAGGAAAAAAACACGAGAAAAAAGCUUAACAAGGAAGAGAAACUGCGCAGAGCGCAGCGCUGACCCCGGCGGGGACACACCUUAGGCUCGCGCAGGCCCCGGCGGGGUGUAUAGCCGGCGAGGCCCGCGGCUCGGAACCUCCCCCCCCACCUGGAUGGUGCAGAGGUUUAAAGAAAGAAACGAAAUACACCCCCUCCUCCAGUUCUGGGAAAGGCGCAGGCUGGAGCGCACAAGUUUGGGAAGGAAGCGAAUGCGGGCGUCCUGGGGAGCGCCUUGGCAAGCAUCUGCGUCCCCAGCGCAGAGCUACCCCAGCCCGGGCCUGCACCCCGUGUGCCCUGGUUAGCUCCCCAGGGCUGAGGACCCCUCCGGGAUGGUGUAAACUUAUUCAGCUCCAAAUACAGUCCAGUAUUCUGCCCUGCAUUCAAGACCAUUUUUUUCCACAUGAAAAGUCUUACAGACACACAAACUUCUCUUCAAACCAGUGUCGGUUUCAUUGCAAGGAAAUAGCAGAGUGGUUAAGAUGGAGAUGGCUAUGGCUG